AUGGAAGGGAAAACAUUUUCUGGGAAAUCAAAGGAUUCUGUCCAAUUUGAAGUUAAAUUUUCUAAAGCAACGUACUAUAAGACCGGAAAGACGGUCGACUAUGUUAUUGUUAUUGAAGAGGAUACUCCAUAUCACCAGUAUCACCCGUAUGCAUUAUUUGUGUUACAUGAAAAUUGUCAAAGUUUUUAUACCCCAGGGGUAAAUAACAAAGAACAAGUGGAAAUCGAUGUUAAUGAUGAUAAUAAAUCUAUUACUAUUAUUGCAAGAGGUUUGGAGAUCGAACAAAGUGAAAAUGUGAUUUUUAAUAACCUUCCAACAAAAUUUGUAGUAAAUAUUGACAUACAAAAAAGGGUGAAUUUAAAAGAAAGGGCAAACGUCAUCAUGGAAAAUGGUGUAACAACCGUGCAAUUUAAGAUGUUGAAUAACAAAAGGAAGAUUCAGAUUGCUUGA